GAGCACGGCCUGGAUUUCCUGCGGCUUUUAGACGCCACCGAUUACAAGGAACUCUAUCGCGAAGACAUGAUCCGUUGGGGCGAAGAAAGGCGCCAGAGCGAUCCGGGUUUCUUCUGUCGCAUUGUGGUGGAAGGCGUGACGCAACCCAUCUGGAUCGUGAGCGACACCCGGAGGUCCUCGGACGUGGAGUGGUUCCGUGACGUGUAUGGGGAUAUAGUUCAAAUUGUGCGGGUGAUCGCCACGGAGGAGACUCGGACAAGACGGAACUGGGUCUUCGUGGCAG